GGACCCCGGCCUCGCAGCCUUGCUCGUGCGCCCUGAGGUGCCUUUAGCGGGACGAUGACGACCGCCUUGCCGUUCUACCUGCCGCUAUGACAGGCUGCCUGCAGGGAGCGUGUCCUGCAAGUGGAGGAGCAGCCUUUCCAAGGCUUCAGUGCCUUCCGCGCCAGCCGCGGGCUCGCUCCCCUGGCCCUCAUGGCCUCCCGUCUCCGGGGGCCUCCCGUCUCCGGGGCCUCCCGUCUCCAGGGGCGUCCAAGAAGAGUUUCUGAUGCAGCUUUACUGACUCCGGGACAGACUGGCCGGCAUUUAAAGCUGUCCUGUCCAGUACUCAAGCCAGCAGCCACGCGGGGCUGCUGAGCUUUUGAAAUAAGGCAGGUCUGGGUUGAGAUGCGCUGCGAGUGUAAAAUACACGCUGAAUUUUGAAGAGCUGGUACAGGGGGAGAAAAUCUCAUCAGGAGCGUGUUAAUGUUGAAAUGAUAAUAUUUUGGACACACUCGGUUAAAUAAAAUACAUAAUUGCAAUUGGUUUUACCGGUGUUUUUUUUUUUUUAAUCUUUUUAACGUGGCUACUAGAAGUUUAAAAUUAUUUAUGUGGCUCAAAUUAUAUUUCCUUUUGACAGCACUGUGCAUUAUACGUCAUUUUUAGUUGCCCUUAAUCCAACUCUGUAUUCAAAGACCACAGCAGUUUUUUGAGCCUGGAGUUGUUAAGGGGACACGGGCCUUUGGGCUCUACUUGACCUGUUGGUAUCAAGCAAAGGUUCCCAAGAUUUUUUGUGAAGCGUUGAACAUGAGCCCCACACAGUGGGACUUCCCUGUGGAAUUAUGUUGUCGCCCUAUGGCUUUCGUUACCCUUACGGGCCUGGACGUAGUUUACAAUGCUGUUCAUCGAGCUGUGUGGGAUGCUUUCUGUGCCAAUCGGAGAGCUGAUCGGGUACCAAUUUCUUUCAAGGUGCUCCCAGGUGACCAUGAAUAUCCCAAAUGUAGACCAAAGAGGACUUCCUAUGAAUGGUACAUUCCGAAAGGAAUUUUGAAGACUGGCUGGAUGAAUAAACACCUGAAUUUGGUGCCGGCCCUUGUGGUUGUAUUCUAUGAACUGGACUGGGAUGAGCCUCAGUGGAAAGAAAAGCAGUCCGAGUGUGCUACCAGAGUGGAAAUAGUCAGGCAGAGUUUACAAGGGAGAAACACAAAAGUUGCUGUGGUUUUGAUUCAGAAGAAAACCCCUUUACCCCCAGGAGAAGAUGUCAUUGCUUCAGAAAGGGCUGCAGCUUUAUGUAACGCUUGUGAACUAUCAGGAAAGUCUUUGUUUGUACUGCCUCACACUGACCACCUGGUGGGCUAUAUUAUAAGAUUAGAAAAUGCCUUUUAUGAACAUGCACAGACUUACUACUACACUGAGAUCAGAAGAGUGAAAUCCCAUAAGGAAUUUUUGAAUAAAACAACACACCAGCUUUUAUUUGUUAGACAUCAGUUCAAAAUAGCUUUCUUCAGUGAGUUAAAACAGGAUACACAAAAUGCUUUGAAGAAUUACAGGACUGCCUAUAAUCUUGUACAUGAAUUGAGAGCCCAUGAAACUAAUAUUCUGGAAAUUAAGACUAUGGCAGGAUUUAUAAACUACAAGAUUUGUAGGCUGUGUUUUCAGCACAACACCCCAUUGGAUGCAAUCGCUCAGUUCCGAAAACACAUCGACUUAUGUAAGAAAAGAAUCGGAAGCGCGGAGUUGUCUUUUGAGCAUGCUGCGUGGAUGUCGAAACAAUUUCAGGCUUUUGGAGAUUUAUUCGAUGAAGCUAUUAAAUUGGGUUUGACGGCCAUUCAAACUCAGAAUCCUGGCUUCUAUUACCAGCAGGCAGCGUACUACGCCCAGGAGCGGAAACAGCUUACAGAAACCCUGUGUGACCAUGAAGCUACUGUGAUAUAUCCCAGUCCUGAUCCCUUAGAAACACAAACGGGUGUUCUUGACUUUUAUGGACAAAGAUCCUGGCGGCAAGGAGUGUUAAGUUUUGAUCUUUCUGACCCUGAAAAAGAGAAGGUGGGAGUUCUUGCCAUUCAGCUGAAGGAGAGAAGUAUUGUUCACUCUGAAAUAAUAAUAACUCUUCUGAGUAAUGCCGUUGCACAAUUUAAGAAGUAUAAGUGUCCAAGAAUGAAAAGUCAUCUGAUGGUUCAAAUGGGAGAGGAAUAUUAUUAUGCAAAGGAUUAUACCAAAGCUUUGAAGUUGCUGGACUACGUGAUGUGUGAUUACCGCAGUGAAGGGUGGUGGACUCUGCUCACAUCUAUACUGACCACAGCCCUGAAGUGUGCCUACCUCAUGGCCCAGUUAAAGGGUUACAUUACAUAUUCCCUAGAACUCCUUGGAAGAGCUUCAACUCUGAAAGAUGAACAAAAAUCAAGAAUAGAAAAGAACCUCAUAAAUGUUUUAAUGAAUGAAAGCCCCGAACCUGAACCUGACUGUGAUGUCUUAGCUGUGAAAACUGCUCAGAAGCUUUGGGCGGACCGUGUUUCUCUAGCUGGCAGCAAUGUUUUCACAAUAGGAGUACAAGACUUUGUGCCAUUUGUACAAUGCAAAGCCAGGUUUCACGCCCCGAGCUUUCAUGUUGAUGUUCCUGUUCAGUUUGAUGUUUAUCUGAAGGCUGAUUGUCCACAUCCCAUUCGGUUUUCCAAGCUCCGUGUCAGCUUUAAUAAUCAGGAAUACAACCAGUUCUGUGUAAUAGAAGAAGCAUCCAAAGCAGGUGAAGUUCUAGAAAAUUUGAAUCAGGAGAAAAUGUGCUUUGUUCCUGGUAAAACAAGAAAAUAUUUGUUUAAAUUUGUUGCAAAAACUGAAGACGUGGGAAAGAAAAUUGAGAUUACUUCAGUGGAUCUGAUUCUAGGCCAUGAGACGGGAAGAUGUGUGGUUUUAAACUGGCAGGGAGGAGGAGGAGAUGCUGCUUCCUCCCAGGAAGCAUUACAGGCAUCCCGUUCCUUCAAAAGGCGACCUAAGCUACCUGACAACGAGCCUCACUGGGACAGCAUAGUCAUUCAGGCAAGCACAAUGAUCAUAUCCAGAGUUCCAAACAUUUCUGUACAUCUGCGACAUGAACCUCCCGCCCUGACCAAUGAAAUGUAUUGCUUGGUGGUGACUGUUGAGUCCCAUGAAGAGAUCCAAAUCAGAGAUGUGAAGCUCACUGCUGGCUUAAAACCAGGACAGGAUGCCAAUUUAACUCAGAAAACUCACGUGACUCUUCACGGAGCAGAGCUGUGCGAUGAGUCUCAGCCCGCUUUACUCACGGAUGUUCCUGUUGGAGAGCUGCACCCAGGGGAACAGCUGGAGAAAAUGUUGUAUGUUCGCUGUGGAACGGUGGGUUCAAGAAUGUUUCUGGUCUAUGUUUCUUACCUGAUCAAUACAACUGUUGAAGGAAAAGAGAUUGUUUGCAAGUGUCACAAGGAUGAAACUGUAACAAUAGAAACUGUCUUUCCAUUUGAUGUUGCAGUUAAAUUUGUUUCUACAAAGUUUGAGCACCUAGAACGGGUCUGUGCUGACAUCCCCUUUCUGUUGAUGGCAGACAUUUUAAGUGCCUCUCCGUGGGCCCUCACUGUUGUGUCCAGUGAGCUGCAGCUUGCUCCGUCUGUGACCCCAGUGGAUCAGCUAGAGUCCCAGGUGGACAGAGUUGUCUUGCAGACUGGAGAGAGUGCUAGCGAAUGCUUCUGUCUUCGGUGCCCAUCUGUUGGAAAUGUUGAAGGUGGAGUUGCAACCGGGCGUUAUAUUAUCUCCUGGAAGAGAACUUCAGCCAUGGGAGACACCCCUGUCAUAAGCACUGUCAUCACUCUGCCACACGUGAUCAUAGAAAACAUCCCUCUCCAUGUGAACGCAGACCUGCCUUCAUUCGGGCGUGUCAGAGAGUCGUUGCCUGUCAGGUACCACCUGCAGAACAAGACGAGCUUAGUGCAGGAUGUGGAAGUUUCCGUGGAACCCAGCGAUGCCUUCAUGUUCUCAGGGCUUAAGCAGAUUCGAUUACGUAUCCUCCCUGGCACCGAACAGGAAAUGUUAUAUAAUUUCUAUCCCCUAAUGGCCGGAUACCAGCAGCUCCCAUCUCUGAACAUCAACUUGCUGAGGUUUCCAAGCUUCACCAAUCAGCUGCUGAGGCGUUUCAUACCUACCAGUAUUUUUGUAAAGUUGCCCUUGGCUGCAUUUGAAGUGCUCAAUGCCCACGUGAGGCUAGUGGCUCUAUAUUGGACAAAGCUGCUGUACAACACUUUCCUCAUCACAGAAAGUCUGCUGCUCUAGAACAAGCCACAGGGUCGACUUGCGGAUGAGAACUCAAUUGCUGCUGCUUGAUGUUCAAGACGGACCUUGACUGUGCGCAAAGCUGAUCAGAACUAUAUAGGUUUUUCAUUGUGAAUUGUAGCUCUGCUCAUGGUAAAGUGUUAAUCUUUUCUAUUUUUUAAUGAGUAUUAUACCAGCUAUUCAGAGGAACUCAUGCUUAAAGUAUUAGGAAAAUCUAUCCUCUCUUAUAUUUUCAUUAAUAAAUACUUGAAAUCUGUCAGUGCUACAGGAAAGAGUAUCAGUCCGUUAUUAUUGAAAGUUAUUUUAUGAAUAGUAUAUUCUCUGAAACAUAAGCAAUUUGCACGUACAGUAUCAAGAGAAAAAUUAAGCAUCCCAAAAAUGACUGGACAAGGAGAGGAAAAUGCACUAAAUUUGCCCCAGUCAAGUUCUGAGUCCCCUGUGAGUCUGUUUUCAGAGUUAGCUAAAUUGGAAAUAAAUCCAUCCUCAUAAAUAUAAGGUGUGGUGAGAAUAUACACAGAACGUUUUGUGGACUGUGUGUGACUGGUACAGAAAAUGUCCAGGAAGCUUUCAGCAAGGUGGUGUAAGUAAGUUGUCAGCAUGGCUUCCCCCCACAGCCCGUCAGAUGGCUCAGCUCACAGCCAGGGUCACGGCAUCCUGGUGCAGCUCACGUGUGUGUUAACAAAACUCUGAUCUCAAAGGAUCGGAUUAUGAGCAUAAUUCUCUAAACUAAAAGUUUUCUAAAAAGAUACAAGGUCUAAGAGCUUUUGGUUGUGAUGUGCAGUUUAAAAAAUUUUUUUUAAUUCUUAAUUCAUGUAGAUAAAAUCACAUUUUGAAUUUUUUCUUCGUUCAAAUACCUUAAUAAUUUAAAAAGCACCUGGAAACUUUUAUUAUUUAAAGUGCAGGACUUGUAAAAAGGAAAUAGUGAUGUAAAUAAAUAUAUCCUCUUUCAGAUUUUCUUGUGUCUGUCUUUUAUUUAUUUUGAGCUUUCUUGAUUCCAGGUUCCUGAAAUACCUUGUAACUGAGAACAUUGUUCCAGGAAGUAUAAUGGAGAGCAUUCAUUCCAUUCCCACCCUGAAUGUCAGAGACCUGUGCUUACACAUACAUGUGUGUACAUAGCACACACACCUACACGCACACAUACAUACAACACCAGCAACAACACUGAAAGCAGGGAGUGCUCUCCAGGAUUGGAAGUUGGGAGAUCUGUGUCCUAGAAUGGCUCUGCUCACUUCCAGGGGUCUUCAGACAAUGGAAGAGGCUGCCUUGGGAGGUGAUGAGACGCGUGAUCACAGCCGCUCAGGUGACGCCACAGGGGCAAGACCCGGGAGUGGACUGUCUCAGACCAAAUCCUAGUUCUGCUGCUUCCUAGCCAGGUGGCUGUUGAAGUUACUUACCUUCCGUGUAUCUCAGUUUUCUAUCUUUAAGAUGUAGAGAACGAUAAACAUCUAUCUCAUAAGCUUGCUACGCGGAUUAUAUAGGUUAAUACCUGAGAGGAACGUGGAGCAGUGCCUGACCCAGAGUUGCUGCUCACACAGUGUCAUUGGUGUGUCAUUACCUGUUACGGGAAGGCUGCAGAGACUGUGUGCAUCUGCUGAGGGGUCUGUGUUCACAGAGCGUACAGACAUCAUACACGUGCACACCUACCGUAUGUGUGGAAAUAGAUGAAACUACAAACAAGUUUCAUGGAAUACUACAUGCUGUGCAUUCUUAUAAGGGGUUCUGGUGGUGCAGUGGUUAAGUGCUCAGCUGUUAACCAGAAGGCUGGCAAUUUGAACCCACCAGAGAAAGAUGUGACAGUUGGUUCAGUAAAGACUACAGCCUUGGAAACCCUAUAGGGCAGUUCUGCUCUGCCAUAUAGGGUCGCUACAAGUCGGAAUCGACUCAGUGGCCCAUAACAACAACAUGUAUUGUUCUGUUCCCUGGCUGUUACUUGCUAAAUUGAUUUUAUUAUCCACUGAUGGGAUGUAGGGAGCCCUCAUGGCUCAGUGGUUAAGCGCGUGGCUGCUAACCACAAGGUCAGCAGUUUGAAUCCACUGGCUGCUCCUUGGAAGCCCUAUGGGGCAGUUCUACUCUGUCCUAUAGGAUCACUGUGAGUCAGAAUCUACUCGAUUGCAGUGGGUUUGGUUAUUUUGGCGGGGGUAUGUUACUGAGAAUGUGUACCAAACAGGCUGUGCUUGUCCUUGAUCUUAUUUAGAAUCUUUCCCGGACAUCCUUAUUCUGAAUUCUACUUGGAACUUAUCUAUUUACCUUUUUAAAAAUGAUUAUUGUGGUGAAUAUGUAGAUAACAAAACAUUUGCCAUUUCAACAGUGUUUGCAUGUGCAGUUCAGUGACAUUAAAUGUGUUCAUCGUCAUGUCCACCUGUGGCCACUAUUGCCUAUUUUGAAACUCAUGCCAUUCUUUGGUAAGUCCCACAACAAUUUUCUUCCCUUUAUUUUAGCAAAGAAUGCCAUUCCCAGUGACAUCUAUUAAUCCACUCACCGUGGGAUCUAGUGAGUGUAAAACCCCAUAUUUUCAUGAAAGUAGAAAUUCAUAGUUUAAUUAUAUUCAGAUUCUUUUCAAAGAUCAAAACUUGCCCUUUUACUCAAUUUACUUACACGGAGCAUGACAGACACGGUGGUCACAAGGCCUUAUUGUUUCUGCUUUCUGAAGCAUGUUUUACCAGAGGGGAAAUUAGGACCAAAGUCAAAACUGCCAGGCACUCGGCAUUUCAGGGUAUAUACACCAUGCAAACAAUACCUGAGCAAUUUUUAAAUUCUUUUUUCUCCUCAAUCAUUAAAAGAACAAAAGGCUCACAGCGAUCUUAAAGUCGGUUUUUUGCCUAUGGAAUACAUCCUUAUCCAAAAUCACAUGGCAAAUGGGAGCUGCAAAAAUUAUCCUUGUUGGGUUGGUCAGAAUUUCUAAACUACGUAUCUUUCCCAGUGAUAAUUGCUAACAUUUAUUGAGUACUGUUAAGCGUCAGACACUGUUAUAUUCUUGUCUGAUUUAAUCCUCAUAAAGGGUUAAAUGGUGUAGGUACUGUUACCAAUCCCAUUUUAAAGAUGUGGAAUCUGAGCACAGAGAUAAUUAACUUGCCCAAUAUUCUGGUUACCUACUGCUGCAAAAAAAAUCAGCCAAUACUCAGUAGCUUAAAGAAGCAAUCAUUUUAUUAUCUCUUACAAUUUCAGUUGGUCAGGGUUUCAUGAAGGGUUCAUCCAGACAGUUUUGACUUUGGGGCACCCAUGUAGUUGUAGUCAGAGGGUAGCUGGAGUUAGAGUCGUGGGGUCUGUUAGAACAGGAGGAGCUGAAGCAGCUCAGGGCUAGCCAAGCACCCGUCUUCAUUUAGACUUUGCACGUGAUCUUUGGCACAGCAUGGCAGUCUCAGGGCGGUCAGGCUGCUUCCGUGGUAGCGCAGAGCACCAGUGUGUGGUCUAGCCGGGAAGGAGGAAGUUGCAUUGCCUUUAUGACCUUGCCUGGGUAUCACAUGACACCACUUCUGCUGAGGUCACAAACCAUCCAGAUUCUAGGGGAGGGAAUAUAACUCUACCUCUUCUUAGGGGAAUGGUUACAUCCUAGAAGACCAUGAGGAACAGGAGAUAUUGUCAGAACUCUCUUUUGAACCUGGCACACCCAGUGACACAGCUAGCAAGUGGUCAGAAGAGCUGGGCUUCAAAUCCAGGCAGCCUGCCUACAGAGCCGGCAUGCUUUAUCACUACACUACCUGCACAGCUACUGGUAAGCUGAUGGCAUGUCUGGGAUUUGCUUUAACAUACUCCAGAAAACAAAAGCAAAACACUGAGUACGGAAGAAAUGGAUAAAACAAGAUUUGCAAAUGUUGAUAAUUGUUAAUGAUGGGUCAUGGGUACCUGGCUGAUGGAUACCUGUUCUGCUUUUCGGUAUGUUUGAGAAUUUCCGUUAAAAGGGAAAGAGGAACCACGGAGAGGUGAUUAUAGGGUGUGAGUGGGGAAGCAGCUGCCAGGGAGGGCAUCCCCCAAGAGCCACACUGAAAUGGUGUUUUCAUGUUCAUAAUAAAAUUACUGUCUUUGGAGGCAUGGGGAUGCAUUUCGAUCAUCCAUGAACAUAAUGGCACAUGAGCUGAGUUGGGGAGGACAAAUAAGUUUGCAAAAUAAACACAUCAGGGAAGAGCUUUUCCAGGUGAUGAAAAGGUGUGCUGGCAUCCACCCCUGCAGAGCGCCCAGCCAAGUGCUUUUAACACAGACCAACCUGGCCAGUGUAAAGUAAAGGUGGCCUUGUUCUUCCUCCCUUAGAGGUUUAUAUUCAGUGAUACGAGAAUUAAGGGAAAAACUGAAAGAGGGCUUGUUGCUGCCACCUCUGCUACUUCUUGUGGAAUUCAAGGAUUUGAGGACAGGCUUAUGUUCUUUUUAGCUUUUUAAUGGUUAUCAGAUUGAAAAAUUUUGGUUUGGAAAAUGAUCAUAGAUGAUUCUACAACUGCUUGCCUCUGGAAUCCCAAAUGCCAAAUUUAACAGGAAAAGAAAAGAAGCCCCUACUCGGGAUGAAAUACUGACUGAUUUAAGUACAGGAUGGGAGGAGUGCCAUAAUGACUCAUUUUUUAUCAGAGGUGACCACCAGCUGGUCAGACUACAAUAUCUUCUCCACUUCUGACUGACAUCCUUUAUUUCAUUUUAUUUUUUUAUUGUGAAAAUUUCCCAACUUACACAACAGUGUAUUCUCUAGUCAAGCAGACUCUCAGUUCAGCUUCAACAGCCAUUAACAUUCUGCUGUCCAUCACCUAUCCUCUCAGUUCACCCACAAGUAACAGGACUUCUUUAACAACAUCACCAUAAUGCAUUAUUGCACCUGAUGAAGGAAACCCUGGUGGCGUAGUGGUUAAGUGCUACACCUGCGAACCAAAGGGUCGGCAGUUCGAAUCUGCCAGGUGCUCCUUGGAAACUCUAUGGGGCAGUUCUACUCUGUUCUAUAGGGUCGCUAUGAGUCAGGAUUGACUCAAUGGUACCGGGUUUGGUUUUUUGGUUUGGUGAACAACAAUUCCUGAAAACUGACCAAGAAGCCUUCUUACAGUUGGUUUGUUUGAAUCGGGAUCUAGACAAGGUCUAGCGUGUGAUGUGGUUGUUCCGUCUCUUAAGUCUUUGAAUUCAGUUUCAUUUAAUGCAGAACAAUUUCCCUCCCCCUGGUUGGCUGCUCCUCCGUUCUCCCUUUCUAUUGUUAAAAAUAACUGAAACACACAAAGACUGAAACACAAGGUUUAUUCCAAGCAGCCAUCCUAUCUAUACUCAUGCAGGGAGAUCAUUUUGUUUCUAAAAACAAGUGGCUUAAAAUGGGCUAGUUACAAAUGUUAAAAAAUGAACCUUUGAAUUAGCUCAAAACGAUAAGGUAAUAUUUGAUUUUUUCAGGAUUUAAUAAACAAUUGCAAAUUGGAGAAGCAUGAGUCCCCCUGAAUGAAAAAAAAAAAAAAAAUGAAGGGGAAAACAUGCUCCUGAGGGCUGGAGAUUUGACAGGAGCUUAAAUGUACUUUUCUUAAUACAUACGAGUUUCCAUGGUGACGAAGUACUUAAUGGUUAUUAAAUGAACAUUAAAAAAUAACUCCUGAAAAUUUGGCCGUUUACCCAUCUCUAGCUACGAGACCUCUUGAAACUCAAGGAAGCACACAGCCUUUUUCAUUAAAACAAAGUAAUGAGUUUGUUACUGACUACCCUUUUCUAGCCAGAAAAGACAAAUUUACAAUACUGCAGAGCAGUUUCUGGUGAAAACAACAAAUCAAUACUUUUGAACUUUGGGUCAGACUUUUUUAAGGUUAAUUUUUGGCCUUGUGGGUAAGAAAAACCCCUUAAAAUCAAAGUAAGAUAAUUGUUUUUUUUUUUCUCUUAUACUAUAUAUGGGGUUAAUCCAAAAAAACCAAACCCACUGCCCUUGAGUCCAAUCCGACUCAUAGUGACCCUAUAGGACAACGUAGAACUGCCUGAUAGUUUCCAAGGAGUGCCUGGCGGAUUCAAACUGCCGACCUCUUGGUUAGCAGCCAUAGCACUUAACCACUACACCACCAGG